AUGGGAAAGUCCUCGAAAGAUAAGCGCGACAUUUUCUACCGUAAAGCGAAGGAAGAGGGUUGGCGAGCUCGGAGCGCUUACAAAUUAUUACAAAUUGAUGAAGCAUUCGAUAUCUUCAGUGGUGUCGCGCACGCUGUGGACCUAUGUGCAGCACCUGGCAGUUGGAGUCAGGUUCUGAGCCGCAAGCUGUACCUCCCCGCGGUUCGUUCUGGCAGCCCUUCGCCCCCCACCAUUGUUGCGGUGGAUCUUCAGCCCAUGGCGCCCAUCGAGGGGGUCAUUCAGCUGCAGGGCGACAUCACCAGCGAGGUAACCGCCAAGCAGGUCAUAUCACACUUUGACGGGCAGCCAGCGGAUCUAGUCGUUUGCGACGGCGCCCCUGACGUGACCGGGCUGCACGACCUGGACGAGUACGUCCAAGCCCAGCUCCUGCUGGCGGCUUUGUCCAUUGUGUGUGCCGUACUUCGACCUGGAGGGACCUUCGUGGCCAAGAUCUUUCGGGGCAAGGACGUUGCUCUGCUGUACAGCCAGCUGAAGCUGCUCUUUCCCGAGGUCUAUGUGGCCAAACCCAAAUCCUCCCGCAACUCCUCCAUUGAGGCGUUCGUGGUGGGUCGCAGGUUCGACCCCCCGGAGGCACUGGCGGGCCCGGGCGGCUUGCAGUCGCUGCUAGCGGGCGCUCAGGAGCGCCUCUUUUCAGAUAACGGAGAUCAGGAGGCACAGCUGCUGGUGGCUCGCGCGGUGCCCUUCCUGUCCUGCGGUGACCUCGCCGGCGGUGACGCGGAUCGAACAUAUGACCUGGACCCCGAGACAUACGUGCCGCUGGAGCCUGUGCAGCCGCCCACUGCCCCAAAUUACAAGACAGCUAUCGCAUUAGUCAAGGGGGGACAGCUUCAGUAG